AGCGAAAGUUUGCGAGAAGCGUUGUCUGAAACAGAAACGAGCAGUUGGAGUACGGGAAUUCUGCACAUUGGAAGAGCGUUACUGGAAGCAGCGAGGCACAAUGUUGCCCUGGAUAUUCCUCUUCAUUCAGAUUUCGUAGGCGAUGAAAAAGCAAAUGACAAACAACAGAAUGGAACUGUGUUAAACAUCAAUAAUGAGUGUGAUCAAGGUGCAGUCUUAUUGGAAGGCAAUAAAAUGGUUAAGCUGGACUGCUAUGAAUUCGCACAGAUCUCGCCGUAUUUCCGUGCGGCAUUCUUUGGAAACUUUGAAGAAGCAAGAACGAAACAGAUCAUGUUCGGAGAUCCUGAGUCGGAUAAAUUUUUGAAUUGUUUGGAAUUUGUUCGACAUUUGAUCAGUGACGAUAAAGAGAACAUUGAUCCAUCGCUCACAUCGAUGAGUAUCGAAAAAGCUCUCGAAUUACUGGAUAUUGCCUCAUAUCUUCUGAUAGAACCAGCACUUCAGGUGUUGUCAGAUCGAAUCAUAGGCAUAACACCAGCAUCGAAAUUAGUUGCUGUUUAUCAUUAUGCUGAGAAUCGCUAUCAUCCACUUGCGAAACGAUUAUGGGAUUUGAUUGUUCGAGAAUUUGAUAAACUCAUGGCGGGCGACGCAUACUUCGAGUAA